GCGGCCCAGGAUGCAGUUUCGCCUCUUCUCCUUUGCCCUGCUCAUCCUCAACUGCAUGGAUUACGGCCACUGCCAAGCCAGCCGCUGGAGACGCAGCAAGAGAGCUAGCUAUGGAGCAAAUCCAAUUUGCAAAGGCUGUUUAUCUUGUUCAAAGGAUAAUGGGUGCAUCAGAUGCCAACAUAAGUUAUUCUUCUUCCUACGAAGAGAAGGAAUGAGACAAUACGGUGAAUGCUUGCAUUCCUGCCCAUCGGGGUACUAUGGGCUCCGAACGCCUGAUAUGAACAGAUGUUCAAGAUGCAGAAUAGAAAACUGCGACUCCUGCUUUAGCAGAGACUUUUGCACCAAAUGCAAAACUGGCUUCUACUCACACAGAGGCCGCUGCUUCAGAGGAUGCCCCCCUGGAUUUGCUGCCUUGGAAGAGCUUAUGGAAUGUGUGGAAGGCUGUGAAGUGGGUCAGUGGAGUGAGUGGGGAACUUGCAGCAGAAACAAUAAAACAUGUGGAUUUAAGUGGGGCCUGGAAACGAGAACAAGACAAAUUGUGAAGAAGCCAGCAAAAGACACAAUACCAUGCCCAACCAUUGCAGAAUCCAGACGGUGUAAAAUGGCUGUGAGGCAUUGUCCAGGAGGAUUAAAGGAAGAUUCAGGCUCAAAGGGACUUCAAGAGAUCUCUAGUCCAACUUGCUGCCACAAGCAUGGUGAACUGUGAAAUCAGACAAAACUAAAGGAAUAAAGGGUGGUGGAGUCCUGCGAUUAAGCCAUAAUCCGAAGAAUAAGCUAAAAUUGAACUAAAUUUAGAGUAGGUGCAUAAAUAACUAUGAUUUAUGUUCUGGUAGUUUUGUCUCUAAGACCCUGGUAUCACUCUGGAAAAGAAUAUAAAGUUGAUUCUCUGUUGUCCAGGUUAACUGAAUGUAAGUUAUACACUCUUCCUCCCUGUCCCACUCUCUAUAUUCACAGACAUGUGCAUGCAUGCAUAUGCACUUUCACGUAAAUUCAAAGUAGUACAGCACAGUUAAUCUGCAACCUAAGUAUCUCCCAAAGUCCGUCUCACUGAAGAGUUGACUAUAAUGAUGUCAAGUUGAUUUUUUUUUUAUUUUUGGGGGGGGUAUUUUAAUUGUGGAAAUUAAAUGCAAAUACAAUACUAACAGUCAAUUGCAAGCCAACGAGGGAAAAAAAAACAAACACACAACACUGGUGAACAAAAGGCAACUGAGAUGACAAGUAAGCAUCAUUUUCACACUAUACACUUUGAGUCUGAUUCAUGUUGCAUGCAGACCGACCUCCAUGAGUAGCAGCAAAAGUCUAUGGAAAUAUUCUGAGUUUCUUGUCAGCAAGUUAAAUAUAGCCCAAACAAGAGAUUGUAUGGACUUCUUAUGCUGCACCAAAAUGAUCUAUUUUAUAUGUGAUAUACAGCCCAUAUCAUCUUGUUUUGCAUUAUUUAUAUUUUCUAACACUUUGUUCUUACAUUUUAAGUUUAAUGGUUAAUUUUCUAAUAUAUGUAAUAUACAAUAGUUUAUGUAUUAAAAAAAGGAGAAAACUUUGGUUAUCCAACAGAAGGACUGGGUUUGGUAUCAAUUCUAUUAGGAUAAAAGAGAAGUGAUGAGUCUAGAAGUGAGGUGUUAAGAAAUAAAAUAAAAAAUGAACUUCUUUGGAGGAGGGAAGAAAAAAGGUAAAAAUCAGGGCCGCCAUAAUAUUCUCUUCGGCUGUUUCAGAUUUUCUUUUCUGGAAAUUCAGGUUACAGAUUAAAGAUUUACCUUCCAAAUUUUAUGUUUUUGAAGGUACAGAGGAAGGCCUUCCUUAGAGUUAGGAAAUUUAUUCUGUAGUCUACACGAAGAUCUUCGAUCAAAUCUAUGUUUUGUUCAGCAUGUUUCAGAAAAGUUGUUGCUGCAAAUACAAUUUCAGUGUGAAAGACUUGUAGUAUUCUUUCACAACUAUUAUUUCUAAUAAGUCCUGAGGUUUAUAGUUUUCUCUUGUCCUCCCAUGGUGUGGAACUCCCUGUCUAUAUUCUCAGAGAUAAAAUAUAAAUAUGUACAAAACUGCAGGUUUGAACUCACCACACUGAAUCCUGAUGAUUAAUACUGAUUCUGUACAAUCAUAUAAAUCACUGAUCAGAGUAUAAACUCCUUUCUCUCUACUAAGAAACUCCUGGGAGGAGAUAUGUUACUAGUAUUUUAAGUGCCUGGGGUAGGUUUUCCCCUGACCUGGCUACCUCUGCAGGUGAGAGACACUGAAUUUGUCUUAGAAUCUCUGGCUUUAUUAUAUGUUUUAAUUACAAUUUUACACAUAGUUGUUCUAAGAUCCGAUUCCUUUAUCAUAUUUCAUUUAGUUAGCAGGUUGCCCCUUUAGUCACUCAGAAUGCUUUGUUGCUUUCCUAAUGACGGUGAAGUACCAGGAGGCAUACCUGUUUGCUACAGGGAAGCUCAAAUCAAGCAGAUUCUGGCUGUUAAAGAUGAGAUUCUGUCUUUAAAAAUGCAGCAUUUUCCUGAUGUUAGAAAUUUUGUAAUUGAACUUUUAAACUGAAGAAGUAAGAGAAAAAAAAUGCAAAGUCAGCAAUAUUUGAUGACUGAAGAACAGUUAUCCCUGUAAAUAUCUGUUGAAAGGCUAUACUAAUGAAUCCUUUUGUCCUAAAUUUCUCAGUACGUAAACACACAAACGUAGGCUGAGUAUUGGAUUAUACAGCUAAGAUGGUUAUAGAUUGUGAUGGAUUAAACUGAGCACAGGAAGUAAGGAUAUUUUUGGUAGAACAGGGUCAAAUAAAGUGCUUGUAACAUAUGUUUUCUACUUCUGUACGUUUUUACAGUUACUAUUUAUGGUCUGUAUUACAGAAAAACAUCCAAAACAGAUUUUAUGCUUGCAAAAGAAGUGGAGUUAAAUUCAGUUUUCCUACUAAGUACUUCAGUUUCAUAUUUAUCAGGGAUUAAGAUGUUACCCAUCUGACCAUGUGGCUGUAAUACGAAUCUUGAUGAAGAAGAAUUCUUUAUCACUUUCCUGGUAUAUGCAGAGUUGUAGAGAUACAAGCUGGAAUGCAAGUGAAAGAUGAUAUCACUUCUUUCCUACUGAAGCCAGCAACAUGUAAGAGGAUACUCUACUUGAUUUCAAAGUAGAUGUUACUUAGUAAUAUUUUCUUAUUGUCAGUACUAAUU